AUGGCAGAACAAGUGAGCAAAAGGAAGAAGAAACAAAACAUGAUAAAAGAAAAGAGCAAGAUUAAGUAGAGGAAAAUAAAAUGUAGAAGAAGAUAUUGCCAUUGAGAUUAUAUUUAUAGAUCAGGAAGAUAGUGUUGUCAGUUUGAUAGAUGAAGGGAAAAGUAGUAGUUUGGUUGUAGAUCAAGAAGAUAGUGUCAGUUUGAUUGUAGAUGAAGAGGAAAGUGGUAGUUUGGUUGUAGAUCAAGAAGAUAGUGCCAGUUUGAUUGUAGAUGGAGGAAAAAAUGAUAGUUUGGUUGUAGAUCAAGAAGAUAGUGUCAGUUUAAUUGUAGAUCAAGGGAAAAGUUGUAGUUUGGUUGUAGAUAAAAAAGAUAGUGUCAGUUUGAUUGUAAAUAAAGGAAAAAAUGAUAGUUUGGUUGUAGAUCAAGAAGAUAGUGUCAGUUUAAUUGUAGAUCAAGGGAAAAGUUGUAGUUAG